AGUUCAUGAUUGGAUGCAGCUGUGGAAGCUCCUGAAUCAAAUCCCAUGGAUCUUCACUCAUGGACGAGUUUGCGUUGGAGCGUUACUUUGAUGACUCCAUUGCAAAAGACGACUUCCUCUUGGAGGAUGAUCUGGACCUCGAGGGUCCGGACGCCUCCGCCCCCCCGCUGAAGGUGAAGCCGGCGGAGGAUCUGGACCUCAGCUUCCUGCCUGAUGAGCUCAGCACGCAGGACCCCAGUCAUGCAAACAUAAAUGACAGUCAGACUUCAGCUCUGAAUGACUCUCGGGACAGUGGUGUCGGUUUGGACUUCAACUCCCAGGCUUCCACACUGGCAACACAAGAGAACCCCCAGCAGGUGGCGUCGGUUUCGGGGCUAGGGACCAGUGCUUUCUACCCCAUGACCCCCAUGACCCCAAUGACCCCCAUGACCCCAAUGACCCCUGUAACUGAGAAGUCAGGAAUCAUCCCACAGCUACAGAACAUCGUCUCCACAGUGAACCUGUGCUGUCCUCUGGAUCUCAAGUUCAUCGCCCUGCAAGCCAGAAAUGCAGAGUACAACCCAAAGCGUUUUGCGGCGGUCAUCAUGAGGAUCAGAGAGCCUCGAACCACCGCUCUGAUCUUCAGCUCCGGGAAGAUGGUCUGUACAGGAGCCAAGAGUGAGGAGCACUCACGUCUGGCAGCCAGGAAGUACGCCCGUGUGGUUCAGAAACUCGGUUUUCCCGCCCGCUUCACGGACUUUAAGAUCCAGAACAUGGUGGCCAGCUGUGACGUCUGUUUCCCCAUCAGACUGGAGGGCCUGGUGCUGACUCACCAGCAGUUCAGCAGUUAUGAACCAGAGCUGUUUCCAGGCCUCAUCUACCGCAUGGUGAAGCCUCGCAUCGUGCUGCUCAUCUUCGUCUCUGGGAAAGUUGUUCUGACCGGAGCUAAAGAACGAGAGGAGAUCUACGAUGCGUUUGAGAACAUUUAUCCGAUCCUAAAAGGCUUCAGGAAACAGUGAGGCCAACCUCUGUUGUCACUUCCUGUUUAUUUGUAAAUAGAUAAUAUAUAAUUAUUGUAUGUUUUUAUUUUGCGGAUGGUAAAUGACUCGCGUGUUUGGUUUUUGAGUCUCUGUUGAAUGUUUCACCAUCCUAAAAGAAAGAAAAUGACUUGUAAAAUGCUUUGUUAUCUU